AUGGCGUCUACGUCCACCGCACCUGUCCAAGAGGCACCUCGGCGCCUGCUCGAACAAUAUGAGAUUAUGGAACAGGUUUUGUUGGAGCUGGAGGUCGAAGAGCUGUGCGUCGUACAGCGUGUGUCGACCUUCUGGCGAGAUCUAAUCAAACGGUCGCAACCCAUCCAAAAGAAGAUGUUCCUCUUGCCAGAAGGACCGACCCUGCAACCCGACCAUGUCUACAUCCGCAACGAGCAGGUGAUCAACUAUGCCGCUAGACUCCGCGUUAACCCGAUAGUUGACGCGAUCCCGUACCAUGUGUAUGCAGGAGGAACCUGCGCUCCUCACCCUCGUCAAAGGAGACCUUCAAGGCUAUAUCCCUGCCCGGUGACGGUAGUAGUCGAGGGAGACGGACCCACAUACGCUGCGGACGAUGAGGACUUCUACGGUACUGAAGUCUACCAGCCAGUGUUGGCACGGGCGACCUGGCGGAUAUAUGUCAGGGUUCUCAUGGGAGAUCCCGUACGGAGUUGUCGGGCAUCCCAUCUACACCGUGUGGAGUACCCCGAGGCUGUUACCAGGCCGGAGGCGUCGUGGAGGAAGAUGAUGAUCACCCAGCCGCCCAUUCCGGCAAUCGGGUUCGCAGCCUGCUUCCGGCCGACUAUGAGCCUUCGAAACACCAAAUACCUCACGUUCGGGGAAAUGGCAGACACUCGGUCGAACUUCAUCUCCGAUGGGCUGGAGUUCGACGACAAUGACAGGUUGAUGUGGAACUUGAAGCAAUUCUUGGAUGAGUGGGUAUUUAUUGCCCCACUCUUGUUCGCCGGCAAUGACGGGUUUGGGAGAGUCUAUAAACGGUGCCGACCCCGUCACGACCACGAGGAGGGAGGAAGCGAAGACGGUUCCCAGCAGCUUAGCGAGACGCAUGGAUCUGAGCAGGGUGUGACGUCUAGACGCAACUCUGACGCGCCAUCGGACUCCAGCUACGCGGAGUACGAUACUGAGCGCGACUAUUGUAAAGCGAAUGAGGGCCUCUGUUCCUGUCAGGAGCCUCUGGAGCAGUCCUUGCGUGGUGUGAACUGGGUAAGCGACAGUCAGCGUACGAGACCGUUUAGGAAAUUUCCCUCUGAGUGGCCGGAAUCGACGCACUCAUCUGUAUCGUCGGAGCUUUCUGACCCCACUUACUGGCGAGAUCCAGACAGUGACGAGGAGGAAAGAGUCACCGAAAAAGAUAGCGAGUACUACAAGGGCUCUUCAUCGUACCACAAGGAACUCAGAAAGAUGAAGCAAGAUUGGCCUUUCUAG